ACUUGCCGAGUAUAGAUAGACAAGCUAACCUGGCUCUUCUUUCUUUCUUUCUUGGUUAAGCCUUCACCUCUGCACACCAAUUCAAUUGAUCAAAACACCCAAGACUCACCUAGAAUCAUCUCAACCAUACAUUGACAACAAGGCUUGGACAGAUGUGCAUAGAUAAAGAUGAGCAAGAAAAUAUUCUUCUAGGGUUUCAAAUGCAGCCAUGUAUAUAAACACUACUGUUUUCACUCUUCAUGUUUUUAAGUUUUAGGUUUGCCGUUUCUCUUGCUUUUCUCACUCUCUAAAAUUGGCUGCAAAUUUUUGGUCGAAAAAAAGGUAACGUUCCGCUUGUACAGCUCCCGAUUCUUGAGAUCAUUUGCGGCCGUGUAUUUUUGCUUAAUGUUUUGCAGCUAGUUAGGAUUAUUCGUUUUGGUUAUGUACAUAUAUUAAGCUCUGAUCGAUCGAUCUCUGGAAUUCAAAGUGCUCACUGAUUUUUUGUUCUACUUGGUCUUCAAAAUUUUGACUCUGCUGCUCGAUCUUCUUGUUUUUCUGCUUGCUUAAGAGUUUGACUAGUUUAAUUUCGUUAAUAUUUUGUUACUAGUCAGAAAUCUCUGUCUCUCUGAUAAGAAUUUAGCAUAUAAUUUCUUUAUUCCAGUUUUACUUUGUUAAAUUUUGAGCUCAAUUGAACUGGUUCUGUUUAGGUUCUCUAGUAAUUGGUGGGUUCAGGGUUGAUAAACUUAUGUCAUUUUUUCAAGCGUAGUUUGGUUACAAGUUAGACCAUCUCCAAUGGGGAGGGCUAAAGGUCGUCCAAAAGCCAAACGAUGACCUGAUUUGCCAAAAAAUUCAUCUCAAACUGAUAGCUGGGCUAUAAUUAUAUGGAGCCUUCAAGAUCAUUAUUUGGCCAAAGCGGCAUCAUGCAGACCAAAUGUAGCCCUCCACUUAGCCACUUUUUUUGGGGCCAACUUCUCAAUUGCAAUAAUUGAUUCUAAUUCAAUGCUAGAUUUGAAAACAUCCGAUUAUGUGUUUUGUGCUGGUUGUUAAUGUUGAAUUUACUUUCUGCCUAACGUUGGUUUGGAAACUAGUUCAAUUUCUGUGUUUAUUUUUUCUCGUUAUGCUGCUGAUAGUGUUGUUUCCUUCCUUUUAUCUUAGAUCCCCAUCAUAAAUUGUUGAAAGCUCAUACAGAAUAUAAACUCUCUACUUUCACGAAUUCUCCAUUUUCAGAAACAUGCUAGCAUCAAUACAGAGUUAUACUUACGCUUACCAGCACCGGGCAUGUAAUGCUCUUCCAACAAUAUUAGCAUGACCAGAACGCUCAACAUAUUCAGCAAAACCAGCAACACCAGAACCAAUAGCGGCAAGGGGCAUUCAGUGCUACUUCCUUAACAAUGUCCCGGCCAGGGAGGGAUUACGAUGUUACCACUACCAGGAAGGAAAGAAUUUAGUGUAUAUAAAUAAACACGAGGGGUACGGGUUUUGCUCACCCAAAAAAAAAAAAAAAACGAGACAAAGCAAAUUCGUGCUUGAAAGUCGAAGCUAUGGCUUCAGUAGUUUGGCAAAGUUUGCAUAAGCAUCUUUUAGAUUCCGUCUUGGAGAGAUUGGAGUCGCCAAAGGAUUAUUUGCAUUUCAGCAUUGUUUGUAAGUGGUGGUAUUCUGUGGCAAAGGAUAACUACAAUCCGCGUGCUAAGGUGACAACUCCAGUGCUCUUGCUGAUUCAGACUGCAAAAAGAGGCACAUGGUCGUUGUGCGAUGUCAUGCAGAAUAAGGUCCUUGAUUUUCACGUACAGGUUCCAAACGUGCGAUUCUGCGGCUCUUCAAAGGGAUGGUUGAUAUAUGUGGACAAGGAUUCUGUAGUAACCCUGGUUAAUCCAUUCUUUAGGGUUAAAAGGACGAGAAAGAAAGAAAAUUCCAUCAUUCGCCUUCCUCCACUCAUCAGCGGUGUUCCACCAUUGAAGAAUUGGGAUUCGUCUAUCAGCUACUAUUUUGCCUACAAAGCCAUACUUUCAGCAGACCCUGUAUUAUGUGCAGACAAUUACAUUGUUGUGGUGAUAUGCGAGGUAUACUGUCAAUUGGCUUUUAUUAGACCCGGUAAAGACACAACAUGGACCUUUGUUGCUGAUAGUCGGCAUAUAAUUGAAGAUGUUGUUCCUGUUGAAGAUGAAUUUUACGGUGUUGAUCAAGGAAGACGCAAGCUUGUAGCUUUUGAUACUAGUGCUCAGUACAAAUGCAAUGUAAUAUUGGAUGUAGGCAACACGGAAGAAGUGCCAGCCAAGAGAUACCUUGUGGAUUUAAAUGAGAAAAGAUUUUUAAUGGUUGAAAGGUAUGGGAAUGUUAUAGAUGGGAGACGAAUGACUUAUCAGUUCAGAAUUUUUGAAAUGAAGUCUCACAAGUGUGAGUGGACUGAAAUAUACGACUUGGGUGAUGUUGCUCUCUUCGUUGGUGAUAACUCUUCGAUAGCUUUGGCGGCUUCGAAAUAUUCAGGAUGUCAACCCAACUGCAUAUACUUCUACCACGACAACAUUAGUCAAGGAGCCUUCCAACCCAUGAAAUCUCAUGAUUUUGGUGUGUACAACGUGAAGGAUCAAAGCUUUUCGCAACCUUACCCAGAAGAUAUUAUGACCCUUAUGCAGAUGACCAGUCGACCUCCAAUUUGGGUUGAGCGACCUUUUAAGCUCUAAAAGGCUUUACUUUUUUUCUCAUGUUUGCCAUAUCUUAACUCAUGUUGUAUGCUUUUGAUAAGCUCUAAUACCAUCCAAUGUCUCUCUUUAU